AUGUUGUUAUGAUCAAAUUUCCUCAUUUUCUCUGGUUGCAGAGCUUCAGGUCAUGUAGAUAGGUUUGCUGAUUUUAUGGUGAAAGAUGUCAAGACUGGUGACUGCUUUAGAGCUGAUCAUCUUCUAGAAGGUGCUUUGUUUUUAUUAUUUAAUUCACACUGAACUUUUAAUUAAUAAAGAAAACAGAGUAAAAAACUUAAUUUGGCCAAGGACACAACUGGUAAAGUUAACCCGUGGAUGUUCAGAUGGCCAUUGCCCAUUUCGUAAUUAAACUGGGUUGUUUUGACGUGAAAGCCGUUCUUUAAAAGUUGUACCUCAAAUUUAUAAAAUAAAUAAGAAGCAAGGAAAUUUUAAAAGCCUUUGAAAGUUGUAUUUUGAGCUGGAAAGUGUUUGCAAUUAAUUUGUAUUAAUUACCUACUCAGACACUACUGCAUGACCCACAGUGAGCCUAUAUAAUAAAGGGAGUUAGUGGGCAAAAAAACAGUAGGCGAGGAAAGUAAGACGGCAGGCAUUACAAAAUACAUGUACAUGCAAAAAGAAGAACACUAAGGGCCAGUUAUUUAAACAGAGUUAAGCCUGUGUUUAACAAAACUGCAUCCUCAGCCAUUUUCAGUUUGCCUAACACUUUCAUCUAAACGCCAUUGUAUGCUCUAUUGAAAUUAAUUGUUGAAAAUAAAUUUUCAAUAGAGAAUACAGCAUAGACUGGAAAAGCACUACUUUUCUUAAAUUAGCCUUCUAAGAAAGAGAUGUAGAGGUCCACUGAUUUCUUAAACCAUGGCCUAAGUUAGACUUUGUUUAAAUAAAUGUCCCUAAAAGUUCAAUGUUGCGUUCUUUUUCUUAAAGGUCAUCUUGAAAAGUUGUUGGCUGAUAAGAAGCUGGAUGCCGAAAAGAGAAAGGAAUAUGAAAGUGUUAUUGGUCAGGUAAAGAUAGAAAUAAAUAAUUUAAAAUAAUGGUGAAAUAAAAUUAAUAUUAACUUGUUUGUUCAGGACUGGGAGAAAUGUCGUUUGCCAUGUUUAUUUUAAAAUUGGUGUUGCAAACUUAUGUUUCAAGAACUCACACUGAGUCUUUUUAUAAUCAAUGUCAUUACAUACUAUGUUGCUUUUUAGAUUGACAACUAUGGAAUGAAAGAACUUGGCGACCUUAUCUCUAAAUACGAUGCCAAGGCACCUGUGACUGGAAAUGACCUUACCAACCCUGUGGAGUUCAAUUUGAUGUUUACAACUUCAAUUGGUCCCAGUGGGCUCAUUCCAGGGUAAGUUACAUUAUCUGUGCUUAAUUUUAUUUACUUCUGUGUGAAGGGGUCAUUUCUGGGUAAGUGGUUUAAUCUUGAAGUAACUUGCAUAAUUAGUUUUUGUCCUUCUGCAAGAAAGGACAUCCUUGAAUUAGCGGGUAAGCCCUGAGUACAGGUGCUUGUCCAUGAGUUUAGAGGAUUACUUAUAGGUAAUCAGGCAUGUCUGUUCAGGUAAGUGGGUUCAUUCCUGAGUGAGUGGGCUUGUCCUUGAAUAUAUUUACAGCUGUAGUUGGGUUUGUUCUGGGUAAGAUUGCUGGUGCCUGUUUGAAUAGGGUCAUCCAUGGGUAAAUGGGUUCAUUCCCAGGUAAGUGGGCCCAUCCUUGUGUAAACUGAUUCUACCCUCUGUAAGUGGUUCUAGCCCCAGUACUAAUCAGGCUCCUUCUAUAGGGUACACUGUUUAAGAGGACAAUUCUGUGUAGAUGCAUAAAGGGGCGCUUGUUCAAACUUUAGCCCCUUCUCUUUCUAGAGAACCCUUGGAUACAAAGAUGGGGCUCAUGUUUUAGAGAACUGGAUUUAUCUCAGGGCAAGUGGGGUAAUAGCCUGAUUCUCAAACGUGCUGGAUCAUUUGCCGCCCCUUUGCUUCUCAGGGAGAGAAGCAAAGGGACUGCGAACAACCUCGGAUGUCUGAGAAUCAGGCUAGCGGGGUGAUCCCCAUUUGAUUUUUUUUGACAUACAUAUAUCUUUGUGCUUCUCUGAUUUUCUUUACCCCUAGCCUCCUAAAGACAAAAAAACUUACUACAAACUUGAUUUGCAUAUGAAGGAGAAAAGAUUUUCAAACAAAUAGCAAGUACAAUGCCUUUGUGCUACCAGUAGCAACAGCACUUUCUCUUUCCUCUGCAUCAACCAAAAAAAAUACCAUAUGUCAAAAAAUGAUAUGAUGUAUGUUACCGUUUUUUUUUUUAAUUUCUCCCUUUCUUGUGUAGCUAUCUCAGACCAGAAACAGCACAAGGAAUCUUUGUAAAUUUCAAGCGUCUUUUGGAUGCCAAUAAUGGAAGACUACCAUUUGCUGCAGCUCAGAUUGGACCUGCCUUCAGGAAUGAAAUUUCACCUCGAUCUGGUCUUCUAAGAGUGAGGUAAACUAAGAUGCAGUCAACUCUUUCUUAAUGGACUUUUCAUCAAACAGGCACCUUCACAAAUGAACAACCUCUUUAGAGGAGCACCUAGGUAGACACCACCUAAUGUCCAAUUAAUAGACAUUUCAUCCAUAAAAUGGGCACCUCCAAAUGAUGACGAGCACCUGGUGAGACACCACCUUUUGUCCAAUAAUUAAUGGACAUCUGUCCAUUCAAACAAGCACUUCCAAAAGAUGAACACCUCCCAAAAUCAUCAAACAAAGGGAGGGACUGAUCAGAUCUGGACUGAUCAACAUUUUGUCAAUGGGCCUUAUUUCUUAUGUGAGCAAAAUGCAAAGGUUUGGCCUUGUUUACAUGGGAGUGAUUGCUAUAAAGGCUGCAGUUUCAACAGUGUUAUCAUUAGAGAGGGUUGAUUAUAUAUCAUUUUAACUAUUCCUUACAAUUUUAGUAGAUCUUAUUACUGACAAGAAACUGUAUAGUUCUAACAGCAACAUCUUGUCAUUCCAUAGUGGUUGCAACUCAAUGCACAUGAUUUUUCCAGGAAUGCUUUUCGAAUUUAUGAUGUUAUUCGUCUUAUGAUAAUAUAUGCUUAUUCCCACUUUUUUUUUAUUCAGAGAAUUCACUUUGGCUGAAAUAGAACAUUUUGUUGAUCCAACUGACAAGAGUCAUCCUAAAUUUGAAAAUGUGAGCUCCCAAAAGGUAACUCUGUACCCUUCAGAGAACCAGAUAGAAGGGAAACCACCCCUGAACAUUUCACUUGAGGAUGCAGUCAACCAGGUCAGUGGUCUUCUCUUCCUUAGAUGUUUCUUUCAGAUCUUGACAUUAUGUUCCAGUCCAGACUCCUUUUCUAAGACUCUAGCCCUUUAUCAAAAGUUUCAUUCUUGUCCACCAUGUGACAGUUAUCAGAUCUUUCACUACCAAUUUCUUCUGUCAUUUUAAAUUAAAAUGUUUUGGUUAGUUCAAACACUUUAUCAGAAACCUUGCUUAAAAGAAUUCUUUCCAGAAAAGACCUUAUGCAUAGAAGAAAAACAAAUGCCGAGGAUUCUUUCUCAUUUCUGCAGAUUGAUAUUGAAUACCAGGUGAUUCAAAUUACUUAGAUGACAUACUUGAGCUGUACUAACUUCAUUUGAGUGUUCUGGUCCUUGUCAUGUCCUUAUUUAAUUACCUUAUUAAAUGGAAGCUAAGCACAAUAGAAAUUAUCAGGUCUUUCAAGGUUACCCACAGUGGAAUCUAUCACAGCUUCCUAAGGGCUUGUUUACAUGGAGGUGGGCGUCCCCAGGUAGGUGAGGUAAUCCAGGAGGGGUCACCCCACCUAUCAUGUAAACGUGAUCAAAUUAAAAUGAGAGAUUAUAUGGACAGGCGGGCUACCCCAUCUAAGCGGGUUACCUCACCUACCUGGGGUCCUCCAUCUCCAUGUAAACAGGCACUACGUACUGCACAAUGGAAUUUCUAUUAAGCUCCAUUAACUUAAAUAGAGGCCGUGUUCAGGGUAAAAUUCCGACAAGCAAGAUAGCCUUGAAACAGUGACAUAAGACUAGAGGAAGUGGGGACAAAGGAUAUAACGAUAGGCUAAAUACCGACAGGUACGUGGCCUACACCUCAAAGCGCCAAACAAACGCAUUUGUAAUUUAGACUAGGGACAUACUUCCCCCCCCCCCUUCCCCCAAUCCCCUCGGAUAGCCAUUUGGCUCUCAAUUUCUUAACCAUUGCUUCAAUCUGUUUACUUUCUGACAACAGAAAAUCAUUAGUACCCAGACCAUGGGUUACUUUCUUGGCCGAGUGUACCUGUUCCUGUUGAAGGUUGGAGCUGACCCAAAGAAGAUCCGCUUUAGACAGCACAUGUUUAAUGAAAUGGCACAUUAUGCUUGUGACUGUUGGGAUGCAGAACUUCUUACCUCCUAUGUGAGUGUUAAUUUUGUUGUUGUUUUUUUGUUGUUAACACUUUCGCGCGUGUGUUCUUGUAAUUGCAUAAGGAGCCAGCAUUCUGAAAGCGAUAGCUUUUCGCAAAUAAUUCGACAAGACCAAAAACCUUCGUAAUUGCCCUUUGUGCCUUCGACUCGUCCAUAAAAGGAUAUCGCAAGUUGUGGGUAUAUUUAAAUGCUUCUUGCUACAAAAAAACCUUUUAGAAAAGGAAAAGAAAGUUGAGGGUUAUUUGAAGGUCUUUUUUUUAUUAGAAUGCUUUUUAUCAAUUUCAGAAAUCCUCUGGCUUUGGUGCAUUUGGCACAAAAGUGCUAAUUAGGAGAACUUUACGUCGGUAAUACUACACAACCCCUAGCACCUCGCAUAUAGUUCAUGGCAAUCCAACACGUGCCCUGGUAUCGUAGGUUUCUUAAUAGUGUGCUUAGUCUUUUCGGUGUUUCGUAUGCUUCGUUUCGUGCCCCAACCGUCUGCCUGCAGCUUUGCAUUAGUUGUCAACCAGGCGCUUCCCGUUCUUACCAACUUGGGCUAACUCCUCCAUAUCUCAUUAGUAGUACAGGCAUUGUUUGCAGAAGGCACCAGUGAGAAUAGAUUACCAUAUUUACGUCCCCUCAUGGAGAUAAGAUCAGCCACUUCAUGAGGUCAUCCACUUUUUGCAGAGGAAAAGCAUUACCUUCUUGCCCAGUUACCUGAAGUCCCUGAGUACUGGUCCAGCUAUGCAGCCUGCCACUUUGAAGACCAGCGCCCCACCAACUGAACUUACCCUUUCGUGGUUGCCAUGGUGAUGGAUAAAAAAAUGAUUGCUUGUAUGUUUCUCUUUAUUACAGGGUUGGAUCGAAUGUGUAGGAUGUGCCGACAGAGCCUGUUAUGAUCUCUCAGUUCACACAAAAGCAGCAGGUGAACGUUUGGUCGCCCAAGUCGAUCUUCCUCAACCUGUAUCCUUCCAAACGUUUAGGUUGUAGACUGUUUCCAUUUUAAACCAAGGUUUUCUUGCUCUUUAAUGGUUGCAAUCCCCCAGUAAAACCAUGGACCCAUCACGUUGAGGCUGGUUUUAUUAGCCUGCGUAUCAAGCGUUUCCGUGCGGUUUCGGAGCAAAAAACGAGGAACGAGAUUUUCGGUUUUGGCCGCGUGAAAAAUGGAAGGACACACAAAGACCGCGCGAAAAAUAGGGCGAGUUAAAGAGCUCUUGCUCCAUUUUUCGCGUGGCCAAAACCAAGAAUCCCGUUCCUUGUUCUUUUUCGGUCUUUCUUUGCUCCAAAACCACACGGAAACGCUUGCUGUGCAGGGUAAGGUUCAGUACAAGAUGGUGAUUUCUUGGUCCUUUCUUCCAACAUCUUUCAGCCAGUUUAAUAGGCACUUUAAAGUUAAACGGUCACACGAUACUAAAGCACCUUGCCAGAACGUAAAUGAUGUAGUAAGACAAGAAAAAACGUUGAGAUCAUCUAAAAUACUAAUUUUCUUUCAUUUUAAGGUUCUAAGGUUUCGUUUGAGUUCCACUAAGGUGUUUCCGUACUAUGUGACUAUUAAGCUACAAGGCGCUUUUCCCUUUCCCUCCCUGUUCUCAUCCGCCAUUGGUGUAAAUCCUUCUCUGUUCUGAUUAACUGUUUUUGUUUCGGCGCGAAAGAUGAAUCAGUUUAUAAACAACCUUCAAUCUAUCGCAUCGUACCUGAAGGAUGGACGCUUAGGUCUGCCAAUGCAUGGUCCUCUGACUCAAUGCAAGCUUUGCAGAGCAUAUAAAAGGGUUUUAUAAUUAUGCGUUUGUAUUAGCCUUGAAUCGUGACUCUUUAAGGAAAUGGUAGACAUGGUAGAGGUCGUCCCUGAAAAGCCUACCAUUGGAAAAGCUUUCAAGAAAGAAGGAAAAAUUGUUAUGGACUAUCUGGCGCAGAUAGACAAGGAUAGCGUGAAAGAAUUUGAAGACAAACUUAAUGAAAAUGGGUGAGAAUAAUAUUGAAUAAAAAAUUACUAUUCUCUAGACUUGAGAAUCUGACACUUUUGGGUACCGAAAGAGAAUUCAGAUUGGGAGAUGCGGGCGAUAUCUCUCUCUCUUUUUUUUUUUGUUUGAAAUUCGUUGUAAGUUUUUUUUUUUAAUUCUCCUAGAACUUUCUCUUACGGCACCAAAGUGAGAUAUCCGUUCGAGCAAGGUGCGGACUUCAUGCAUGUUACCCGCUUGAGUAGCCAAUCAGAACACAGGAUUUGCUUAUCUUGUCCGCUUAAGGAACCAGCCAUUUAACAAUAAGCAAUAGAGUAGUUUUCGGUCAAACGCCUCAAACCCAAAUCCAAGGUUAUUAUCCUGGCCAAUUAAAAAAGGCUUAAAUGCGGUAGUCACCAAUAAGAAUUUAAAGCAAAUACAUGUACCCGGCAGUGAAAAGACGUCUUGGAGCGAAUGAUAAUUAGUUUUGAGUUUUGUUCAAGUUACUGCUGAUUAAUAGAGAAGCUAACGCGAGGUUGUUUAGCUUAUCGCCGGGCGGGGUGGAAAAAAAACCAAACAAUCAAGAAAUUGUUUUUUGGCAUAACGAAAAACCAUUCUGUACUGCUGUGUUUUACUGAUAUUUUUUCUUACUCAGAGAAGCAACCAUAACUGUAGAUUCAAAAGAAUUCAUCAUUCAAAAGUCCAUGAUCAGGGAAAUCAGACGAUACCAAAAAGAAGUCCAUGGUAGGUGACGGACAACUGAAUAACGUCCUAAGUUUUAAGGAUAAUAUUUAAGUGCUGAGGUGCAUAUUAUGAACACUUGUCUUUAGAUGUCCGGUGUAUAUUUGCCUAAAAAAUUACCUUACCAAUAGGCCACUUCCGAAUUCCAAAAACCCUCACUUUCAAAAUGAGGCCAAGUUCACAACCUUUCUUGUGGAAAUGAGUUUUAUUUGCAUGAGAAUGAAAAAUCAUUUCCAUAUCAAAGGUUGAGCACCUAACCUCGUUUUAAUACAGAGGCCCGGGGGAUCUCGGAAAUGGCCUAUUUUAGAGCCUUAUUUUCUAGGAGGAGUCUGAUUAAUUCAGUUGUGAUCUCUUAGUGUGACUGUUCGUCAUUGCUAGAUCGUGACUCUAAUCGAAUUGUAUGGUGGGUAACAAUAUGAAUAGAUGACCAACAGAAAAAGUUGCCCAAAAGUAAUAAAACGAUCGGCCGGGGGAAAAUGCUUUGAUCUUUUGUCAAAUUCUCUCAACUAAUUCUUUAAAGAAAUGUAUGGAAUUCAGUUUGGAGAAUUUGUAUGUGGAGGAAGUUUUUAUCAUCAAUGUUAUUGAGUCAUGUAUCCUUGUAUUUUCUUCAGUCCGUGACGUGGAACCUCACGUGAUAGAGCCAUCUUUUGGAGUGGGGAGAAUCAUGUACUCUGUCCUUGAACAUAACUUUCAAAUCAGAGAAGGAGACGAACAAAGAACGGUAUUGUCCUUUCUUUACUUCUAACCCUCUCACAAUCUAGACCUUGUGUAUAUCUAUAGCCAGUGACACACGAUUUAACUUAUUUGAUCAACAAUAGUUGCAGCUCUUGUUGAACGGUGUAUCAUCCCAUGCUGAAUGUUACUAGCCUGAGUGGGAAGAGGAAGGGGGAAUUUGAGCGUGCGAGUGCCGAGGGGCGCGCAAGGAUGGGAAAAACAGUCCCCAUCCCUUCGUCUUUUAACGCCUACCACGCAGGCCAGGAUGUUACGAACGCCAUUCAACAUGUUGAAAGUUGCUGAACGAGAAUAAAAAUAGGCUACUAUUUCAUGUAACGAGUUGCAACGACGCCUAGCCUACGACAGCCAGUCUUUAAAAAAAAUGCAUUUGUUUAUACAACUUCAAAAAGCUGCAACAUCUUUUCCUGUGUUAAACUGUCCUUGUUUCCCUGGUUGCAACACAAGCAUUAGCAAGGGCAACAUACCCAGUCACAGUAAGCAGCGUGUGAGAAUGAAGAAGGGGUAUCUUGGAUACAAGGUGUAAGAAUAGGCUGGGGUGGGGUGGGGUGAGGUGGAGGGCUGGGCGGACACUCAAGUAAUCCCCUUUCCCAUCACCUGGACAGGCUAGAGACUAUCAAUCCGCAUCAUUUUUUUUUCGGGGGGGAGGGGAAGGGUUUGGGGUAACUUCUUAACACAUGAGAAGCAAAUUUUAUUUAAGCAGUUUGAAAAUGAAUUAUUGAAGGGAAGUAACUGAUUAACAAGGUUUUAUUUCUUGUUUAGUGGCUGUCUUUACCGCCUGCAGUCGCCCCAGUAAAAUGUUCUGUCCUUCCACUCAGCAAGAACAAGGAAUUUGUUCAAUUUGUCAAGAAACUGUGUAAGUAAUCCUGUUUUUCGUUUCAGAUUUGAAUUAGUAAAUCUUGAUGCAUUUCCAGUAAUAUGAAGGUUCUUAAGGUUUGAGUCUACUUGUACGGGAAAUGAUGACCGCGCAGGUGCUAAGUCCAAGUAAUAGCUCUUGGUCUUGAGCUUUGUUCUGUGAGUACUUGGGAUUAGAACCCAUGCUCCCCUCCUCAGACCCCUUCUAAUUUUACUUUUUGGGUGGACAGAAGCGACCACCGGAAAUACGUCUGGGUUCGAAGGGUACUGAAAAAAACCCAUCUCCCUUUCUAUUCUUUGUUCAGAUGAAGUUUUUGUCAGAAAGGGAUAACAGGAUUUUUUUUUAUUGCCAAUAAGGUUUUUAAGUUAUCCCUUUUCAAUUCGAAAAAAACAAAAUUUCAUGCGUUUUUCAAAGAUUUUUCUCGUAGUUGCGUUUCACAGUUUGGCAUGGUAAACUGUUUGUUCAAGAAAUUAAUUUUUGUGAAUUCUUUGCGUCAUGGUCUUAGCUCUCAUUUCAAUUUUGUGUAUCCUUUCUCUUUUCUUUCUUCCCCAUUUCUUCAGCCGCCUCACUAACAGAGCUAGAUAUUUCCCACAAAGUGGACGAUUCAAGUGGAUCGAUCGGCCGCCGUUACGCGCGUACAGAUGAGAUUGCCAUUCCAUUUGGCAUCACAGUGGACUUUGAUACUGUAAACAAAGAACCACACAGUGCCACUCUACGAGAAAGAAACUCUACUCGUCAAAUACGAGCCGAGGUAAACGAUUAUUGCUUAGUUUCAAACCAAGAGAGGCUGGGUACGAGUCUGUUUAUUAUGGGAUAAACAACACGAGACCCAUGUAGUCAGAAAGAGCACAUUGAGGUUAGCAACAUUCUCAAGUUUGGUAUUUAUUGGGCCUAUAUUGAACGAGAUACAGCUAUUCGAAAACUACAAAAUUUACUAAGAAAUAUAUAGACGUUCGGACGGUGUGUCCGGCAAUCCAUACAUCUCUUAUUAAUUUUCAAGUUUUUAAAUAGGUGUUAAAUUUUGGCCAGAUCGACACCAAACUUGAGAUUUUUCCUAAUUUCAAUGGGCUCUUACUAACUAUGUGGGUCUCGUGUUGUUUAUCCCAUAAUAAGCCGACUCGUACCCAGCCCUCCUCGGUUGUCUUAGCAACACUUAACUGUUUAAAAUUUUUCGCUCGGGAACGUUCAACCGUAAUCAAUGCCAGAGAUUUGAAAGUAGUGGGUAGUAGCUUUCACUGAUUGGAAGUCUACCGUCUGACCGUUUUUCGUUUUGUUUUCGUUUUGUUUUUUUGUUGUUGUUGUUGUUGUUUACAAACGUUUGCUGACGCCGUUUCUUUUGCUUCAAAAUCUGGUGUAACCAACUUGAGUUUUUUGUUUCGUGGCGGAAACUUAAAAUAACCAUAACAAUUAACAAAAGGAAUUGUAUUUUGUUUUUGUUUAGAUUGAGGAGCUUCCGUCUAUAGUCAACAGCCUUGUCCGCGGCAAAGUCACGUGGCCAGAAGUGGAGGCCAAAUAUGGUCUUUUCGAAGGACAGGAGACUGGUGCCAAGUAGGCUGGUCAAAUAUAACUGCAAUAAACCAGUAUCUAAGUGGCUACUUAGCUACUUAACAAAUGAACUGUCACUACCCCAGCUGAGGAGAAAAAGUAUCAUUUAGGUAAAAAAAAUUCAGGAAGCUGAAAAACGAGCAAAGUAAGAAUAGAUUGUAAGGACAGUUGCUUAGCAACUGUAAUGACACACAUUUAUCUUGCCCAGGGCCAAAAAUGAUGAAGAGGACAAGGAUCGGAUUUUUGCCAUACUCUUUGGAAAAACCGCCAGAAUGUAGCCUUCGUAGCUGGGACACGGCUAGAUUAGAGUGCGCAAGUGCUUUCCGAAGGCCAAUUCGUCUCGCUUCUUUACAGCCGAAUUCAUUCCAAGGAUGCUUGUGUGGUCGUUGUUUUGUCAACAGUCACAGAUACUUACGCUGACUUCACCUGUUGAUAUUAAUGUGUUGACCGGAAGUGCAUUGGCUCUUACCACAAACGAUUCUUUGUUUCAUUCGUUUCAAAUUCGAAUAACAAAAACAAUGUUUGUAAACAGUCUCCUCUACCGCCAGCUACGGAGGCUGCCAGAAAUUCUUAUACUCGAUUGGUUUUCUUCCUUAGAAUUCGCUUUUAAGUCUAUACCUUUUUUUAAUAGUAUGGCAAGAAUUCCCGUGAUAGUGCCC